AUCCUUCAAUAAUCCCGUCCCAUUAGGUUGACAUAAUGGAGCAGCAAAUGGGCAACACCUCCUUCAUCAAAACUCUGUUCAAUGCCCUCAAUUCCAUUUUAGGAAUUGGAAUGUUGUCAAUCCCUUAUGCUAUUGCUCGUGGAGGCUGGUUAAGUUUAUUGUUUUUCCUCAUCAUAUCUAUGGGAGCAUGCUAUGCCGGCUUGCUCACUCAACGUUGCAUGCAAAUAAACCCCAGAGUUAAAAGUUUUCCAGAUCUUGGAAAACAGGCUUAUGGGAAUGUAGGGGAAUCAAUAAUCUCAGCCAUUCUCUGUGUGGAUCUUUAUCUGGUUUUAACAGAUUUUCUCAUCUUGGAAGGGGAUAACCUAUACAGCCUCUUCCCUAACAUGAAGAUUGUGUUGUUUGGCUUGUCAAUAAGUGGAAAGACAUGUUUUGUCAUAAUCAUCGCUCUCGUUCUCCUUCCCACUGUUUGGAUCGAAGAUUUACGCCUUCUCGCAUACAUCUCUACUCUUGGGGUCUUAUCGUCUUUGGCAUUGCUUAUUUGUGUGUUCUGUGUUGCGGUGUUUGACGACUGCUAAUCCUGUUUUCCCCUCCUUGUACAAUUCCAUGCGAAGCAAGCACCACUUUUUCAAGGUGCUGGUUGUGACCUUUGGGAUUGCAACAUUUUGCUAUGCAGCAAUGGGAAUCGUAGGGUAUAUGAUGUACGGUUCAAUGUUGAACUCUCAAAUCACUUUGAACCUUCCAAAAGAAAGGCUGAGCUCAAAA